GUUCCGUUCUAUUGUUUAUCCCUUUAAACCAAAACUUACCGUAUGGAUAGCGCUUAUGUUGAUAGCCAUCAUCUGGGUCCUGGCUAUUGUCAUCAUGUGCCCCUCUGCUGUUAUGCUGAAGCUAAUAGAAGAAAAGCAUUUCCAGGUCAUUCUUGGCGAGGACAACCAAACCCGUCCCAUCUACUGGUGCCGGGAAGACUGGCCCAACGAGGACAUGAAGAAAAUCUACACCACUGUCCUCUUCGCCAACAUCUACUUGGCUCCCCUGUCACUCAUCGUCAUCAUGUAUGCUCGGAUAGGGAUUACGCUCUUCAACACAGUGCUUGCCUCUGGGAAGCAAGGCCACGAGCGCCACUCCAUAUACAAGAAGAAGUUGAAGGUCAUCAAGAUGUUGAUCAUCGUGGCUCUAUUAUUUAUCGUCUCCUGGUUGCCCCUGUGGACCUUGGCCAUGCUGUCCGAUUAUGCAGAACUGGACGAGGCACAGUAUAAGAUCAUCAAUAUCUAUGUCUACCCCUUUGCCCAUUGGUUGGCCUUCUUCAACAGUAGCGUCAACCCAAUCAUCUACGGCUUCUUCAACAAGAACUUCCGUCGAGGCUUCCAAGCUGCUUUCCACCUGCAGCUCUGCUCUGGGGAGGAGAUACCUCGGGAAAUGUAUUCUCAACGGGCCCAAAGCAAUGCGGUUUUGCCAGCCACCAUUCCCCAGCAGAUAGACCAUGAUCUAUCCUCAUGUGUUGCCGGGCGGUCCACUCAAAAGGGCAACUGGGUGGACAAGACGCAGGUUCUGGUGUUGGAGAAUGUAAAACGUGCUUCAAACAACAAUGACGCUAAACAAGACUUUCUUUGAACUACCUCAGCUGCUGGAUGGAUGUCCCGAUUCAAGGUUUCUCAACUUUGGCAACUUUCAGUUUGGUGGACUUCAACUCCCAGAAUUCUCCAAGCUGGCUGGGGAAUU